AAAAGAUACAUCUUUACUUUUCAACAAAUAAAACUGUGAAUUUUGUAGUUUCAGAAAAUGUGAAUUUGUAGUUUCAGCUACCAUCAAAAUACAAUUAUGUUUCAAGUGACAUUAAAGUGAAAUGGAAAUUUAUAUUUCAAACAAACUGAAAUCCCACCCUGCUUGUCAUGUGUCAUCAGAUCACACAAAAACAUAUAAAAGAGAUGAUUCUUAUACUAGAUUAACUUUAAAGAGAGAAUAGUCACUAAUUUGCUUCAAGUGCAAUGCUCUAUAUACAAGACAAAAGGUAUUACGGUAUAUGGAUAUAAAAUAUUGAUGCAUUAACAACUGCAGGACUCAUGACUCUAUAUUAUGACAGGAUCUCAACUAAAAAUUUGAGUCCAUUUCGUUCGUUGUGGGACAAAAAGGGCACUGGGUCACCUGCUCCUUUUUUCGUGUACUCAAGACUUCUUUUGUUCAGCAGCAAUACUCAAUUAGGAUGCAUGCACCUCAGUUCUGUCACUGUUAGCAUGUCUGAUACAAGUACAGAUCGACUACUAUUUUUUAGCUUUACACAAUUUCAAUAUUAGACAUACCAUAAACACUAGCCCUUGUUGGUGCACUAUGUCGAAUACAGAUGACAGAGAUCUAUCCCUUUUGAUCUUUUCUACACUAAAUAACUUUGGGUUUAAAAAAGAAAAUGUAUGUUUUCGGUCUUUAAUAGGAUCUUAUGAAGACAAAGCAAAGGAAACCAGUAGUAAAGAGCAAAAGAUAUCAAGACAUCAUAUCAUAUUAGUGGGAAGUGCCGGGGAAGGUGUACAACUGUCAGACAGUGAUGUUGAUGGUAUGGGUUUUUUUGAGGAUAUAAUCUGUCUUGACCAAGGGGAUACUGUUGAAAACUUAAUUAUUCUUGAAGCUGAUCACUCUAACACAGCACCUGGAUAUACAAAGGUUGUUCUUACAGAUACAUUACUUACAGCUAGUGAUGUGAUUUAUCUACAUUUAAUGGUAAGCAUGUGCACUUCUGGCUCUGCAACUUCUACUGAUCGACAUUCAUAUGUUUCAAGUACAAAAUUCAGAAGUUUCUAUUUUAAUAUAUUCAAGAUAGCUACCCAUACAGAAAAUACUGGAGUAGAAAAUGAACUAACUACCAAUGGUCCAGCUGUGACAUUUAGAAUGUCUCAUAGACCAAAUUCUGAAGGAGAUGCUGUUCCAUCUUUAUUGUUCUAUGGAAGUGAACACUUGCGUAAAUGGGCAAAUAGGACAAGGCAUUACACUUGGCCAUCUAGUGAGUGUGUAAGAGAAAUUUCAGGAAUGGAAGGAUAUCUUGUUCCUGUUGGUGAUAAACUAAGCAUUCAACAAGACUUAGAAUGGCGAAUAUGUUACACUACCGCUGAGAAAGAAUUAAUUGCUAGUCUAAACGAUAUACAAAUUAAAGUGUAUGUUUUGUUAAAAUUGCUAGCAAAAUCUGUCUUAAAACCAGUAUGUAAAGCUCUAACAUCAUAUGUUGUUAAAAACAUAGUCUUUUGGAUAAUGGAAGGAACACAUCAACAAAGUCUUUCUCCAGAUCUUAUAGUGAAUCUAAUACAAAAAUCGCUGUAUUUUAUGAAAUACUGUUUAGAAAAUAACCACUUUCCAAACUAUAUGAUUCCCGAAAGAAAUCUUUUAAGAGGUGCUGUAAAUAGCAGGGAGAAACAAAAUGUCAUAAACUUCCUGUCUGACUGCUUAAGGGAAGGCGGAACUGUUCUAUUAAGGGUUCCAAAAUUGUAUCAGUGUGUUUUCUACAGCAAGACUUAUCCAGAAAAUGUGAUUAAGUUUGGAAAAUGGAGAGAUGAGGUAGAAAAACUGGACUUGCAGUUUCCUGAAAUAUGCGAUAACUUUUUUAUUAACUUAUAUACUGGUAAUAUGUCAAUGAAUGAGAUUCAGAAUUUUACCUCAAACGUGUCUAAAAUGCUUGCCCUAGUAAUGCCAGACUUAAUACCUCUUUUGAACUCAGGAAAAAAUUUCCAAGAAGUACUAGACGUGUACGCAAAAAGACUGAAAAUGAUUCAUCUUCUGUAAUCUCGAACAAUGUUAUUGGACUAAAGUCUUAUGCAACAGCCAGGAACUGGAUCAAAUCAACAUACCAAAAAACUAAUCAUUGUGUAACAGUCCUAACAAAUGUAUAAUAUUCAUGUGAAGGGCUAAAUAUAACUGUCUUUAAAAUAACUAACAGAAAACUUGAUUUUCCAUUCACAGUUUCUAAAGAAUAUUAAGAAACAAAGAAGGAUCAGUUCUGAGUAAUGAACAAAGAAGUUGCAUUGUAUUAAAAUGAGAUGAAGCAAUGCAAUAUUUAUCCUUAUAUUUCUAAUAAAGUUUAAUUUCAUCAUAAAAGUUACUUCUUUAUAUAAAAUGAAGAAUUAAUUAAAAUAGAGGGACAACACGCUUGAACACCAGAUAGGUUUUAACUGUAUUUAUUUAUAGAUCAACUACUUUCGGUUUGCUAUGAACCUUCAUCAGGAUAUACAUAUUAGAAAAAUGUUACUAUUUAUAGACUAUUUAUUUAUUUGGGUUUUACGGCGCACCAACACAGUAUAGGUUAUAUGGCGCCAAACAGGACUACAAAUUUUGGUUCCACAU